AUGGAUAUCGCGGAGACACUUUGCCUCUACCGCCGAGUCGUCUGCAACAGCAACGGCAACGACAAAGGCGACCAAAGUAUCGCCUCUACAGGGGAUUCGAGUGCUGGAUAUGACGCGGGUCUUGGCUGGGCCUUAUUCGCCGAAGUCAUCAAGAUCGAACAUCCCACGCGCGGAGACGACACUCGAGCAUGGGGUCCGCCGUUUGCGAAAUAUAAGCCCGACGCUGCCGUCAAAGGUGACAGGCCCGGCGAAAGCGCCUACUUCAUCGGGGUCAACCGCAACAAGAAAUCCGUCGGCCUCUCAUUCCAACACCCCGACGGGAUCAAGAUCCUGCACGACCUCGCCAAAACCGCCGACGUGCUCGUCGAGAACUACAUUCCCGGCUCGCUGAAGAAAUACCAGCUCGACUACGAAACCGUCCGCACGCUCAACCCCAGCCUGAUCUACGCCUCUAUAACAGGAUACGGACAGUACGGGCCCUACGCGUCACGCGCCGGCUACGACGUCAUGGUCGAGGCGGAAAUGGGCCUCAUGCACAUCACAGGCGAGCGCGACGGGUCGCCGGUCAAGGUGGGCGUCGCGGUCACGGACCUCACGACGGGACUGUACACGUGCAACGCCAUCAUGGCGGCGCUGCUGGCGCGGCAGCGGACGGCCACGGGCCAACACCUCGACGUCUCGCUCUCGGACUGCCAGGUGGCGACGCUGGCCAACAUCGCGAGCUCGGUGCUGGUGAGCGGCGAGCGCGACGGCGGGCGGUGGGGCACGGCGCACCCGAGCAUCGUGCCGUACAAGGGCUUCAAGACGCGCGACGGCGACGUCAUGCUCGGCGGCGGCAACGACCGCCUCUUCGGCAUCAUCUGCGACAGGCUGGGCAAGCCCGAGUGGAAGAGCGACCCCCGCUUCGCGAGCAACGACGCCCGCGUGCGCAACCGCGCCGUCCUCGAGCGCAUGAUCGAGGACGUCACCCUCACGCGCACGACGGGCGACUGGUUGGCCGUGCUGGAGGGGAGCGGCCUGCCGUACGCAGCCAUCAACGACGUCAAGGACACGCUGGAGCACGAGCACGUCCAGGCCAGGGGCAUGGUCACUGAGCUCGAGCAUCCCGCGUGCGGGCCCGUCAAGGUCGUCAGCCACCCGGUCAAGUACUCGGAGAGUUUGGCCGGCGUGAGGUCUCCGCCGCCGACGUUGGGAGAGCAUACGGAUCAAGUGCUGCGGGAGGUGUUGGGCAUGGAGGCCGCAGAGGUGGAGAGGUUACGCAUCGAUGGAGUAGUGGCGUAA